AAGGUUGGCACACCUGUCGCUACCAAAAACAUAACCUAGUUCAAAUUUGAAAUUUUUCGGUUACAAUACUCUAAAGCACGAUUAAAGAAAACAUGAAAACCAUAAAUAUAGAAAUUAUUUUACACAGCCACAGCCGUAUUUUGAAAAAUACCCUCAUUUCGGUGGCCCAACACUACCUGGGAAGUAUUAAUUUAAAAGGAAACACCGUCAUAACACAUUUUGAUAAUAAUCUUCAUCCAAUUCUGCAUUCUGAAGCCCGUGCCAUCAUUAUCGAACACAACUCUGAACUAGACGGUUUCAUUAAUUUUAACCAAAGUUCCAUAAAGUGGCACAUUUAUACUCUUGACGACACUGGUCCUGUAAAUCAGACUGAAGAAGCAGAAGAAGGAGGACAAAUGAAUACUGCCACUCAUUUAAUUCUCCCGUCAGCCAGUAUUUACAAUCUGUGGGAAAAUUUGUACUACGACAGUAACAUCAAAGAGAAUUUGUUGAAAUAUGCACAAACAAUGAUGGAAUUUUCUGAUAAGGGUGUAGACACUAACAUUGUUAAUUGUAACCGAGUUAUACUUUUACACGGGCCCCCAGGAACCGGGAAAACCUCCUUAUGCAAAGCUUUGGCUCAUAAAUUGGCCAUUCGGAUGCAAGAUCGAUAUUCAUCUGGAGUUCUUAUUGAGAUUAAUAGCCAUAGUUUGUUUUCAAAGUGGUUUUCAGAGAGUGGGAAAUUAGUUACUACAAUGUUUGCAAGAAUAACUGAAAUUGUUGAAAAUCCAAACGUGUUGGUAUGCGUUUUGAUAGACGAAGUUGAAUCUUUGGCGCAUGCGCGGAAUCAGUGCCUUUCUGGAAAUGAGCCUUCUGAUUCCAUCAGAGUAGUUAAUGCUGUACUGACUCAAAUUGAUCAAAUUAAACGAUUCUCAAACGUGUUAAUCCUAACGACGUCAAAUAUAACAGAAUCUAUAGAUUUAGCUUUUAUUGAUAGGGCUGACAUUAAGCAAUAUCUUGGCCUUCCAACACCUGCUGCAAUAUACCAUGUGUACUAUUCUUGCCUGGAUGAACUAAUCAAGGCUCAAAUAAUCAAUGAUAAAAACACGGUAGCACCCCCCCACAGCGUCCUACGAAGCACAAAAGACUGCGACGUCAACCACACCCAAAAAUUGCUCGAACUUUGCGAAAAAAGUGACGGUUUGAGUGGGCGAUCCCUCCGAAAAAUCCCAUUCAUAGCCCACGCUUUGUUCCUCGCUGACCCUUUCAGUAGCUUGGGCCCGUUUCUCGACGCCAUGUCUGAAGCCAUCACCCGCGAAAAAACAGAACGCAAAUACUUCGAAAACUCUAUUAAAUCACAACAUGUUUAAUUAAAACGUUCCUCGCCGCAAUCAUAUUGCCGCUAUUUUUAUAAAUUAAAUGUAAAUUGUACGCUGCCUCGUAUUUUAACCCGAACAUCUCCGCAGGCUCCACUUCCUCCAGAUCCACCACUUUUAAAUAGUAAUGCUCGGCUAAAUACAUGACGCCUAGUUGGUGAUACAUCCGUCCUAAAUUGUAGUAGACUUCCUGCUGCGCAUCCCUACUCCUGUUUUUCGCGUAGUACAAGAACAAGUACGACGCGGUUUCUGCUAGUUUUUUCUUGUCUUCUACGACGCGUCGUCGGCUGCAGCCUUGAAGGAGGAUUAGACCGAGGAUGAAGCUGAAGUAGGGGAGUUUGUGCUUGCGGAACUCCCUCAUGUAGAACUUCAUGGCUAGGUUGGAGUUGCUUGCGGAUAAGCUGUAGUUGGCUUCGAGUGCUUGGAGGCAGUGGAUGUUGGGGACUCGCAGCUGGAGUCUGGAUAUGAAGCGGUAGUGGCGGAUGUCGUCAGCGGUUUUGAGAACGAGGUUGAAUAAGUUCCAAGCUAGGUUGUUGAAUGUGUCGCUUAUGACUACGCUGCGCACCAGGGUGUAACCGUGGAAAGUGUCGUCGUUGUAGAUGGUCGAGAACAGGACGAAAAGUUGGAUGAGUUCUGGAAAUUUUGAAGACUCGUUUUAGUACUUAUAAUUAGUAAAUAUGGAACUAUUUUUGUACACUAUGUUUUAUUGGAAAAUACAAUGUUAUUGAGAGAAUUUUAA